GUGAGUGAGUGAUGCGUACACAUGAACGGACAGAGACAAAAAGAAAUGUCAUUCAUGGUUGUGGGCUGGUUGUGGAGACCGCAUCGGGUAGUGCUGCCGUCCGUGUGUCGUAGGGUGACACUCGUGUCGAGUACUUGUUGGCUAGGUGGAACCAGUAGGUCUCGAACGACUCGUCCUGGAAGGCCAUCCACGGGCCGCUAUCUGCCGCUGACCUGAAUGAACCACACACAUACACACAUACACACAUACACACACGUGCAGACAGACAGACAGACAGACAGACAUAGAGACAGACAGACAGACAUAGAGACAGACAAGGACGAGACAUGCAUCGCAUCGUGCUGACUGACCUUGCCCUGUCGAUGAGCCGCUGGGCUUCCUCAGGCGCGACAGCGAUGCCGCCGCGAAAGACGUUGCCCUCGUUGUCAAGAGUCAAAAACGAAUGCGUCCUGUCAGUCAGCACACACAGUGGCAGUGUGGCAGCAAGCAGACAGGGAGACACACCACCAUGAAGCUGCACACCUUCUUUUGCCGGUGCAGUGCAGUCUCAUGAAGCAUUCGGUGCAGAAGAGGUCAAGGCAGUCCUCGCACAGUUUGGUGGCGUUGGCCUCCUCGCACUCCCAACACACCAUACCGUUCAGGAUCCGCUUCAGGUACUUGCACGCUCCACUACAGGCACAUUAAUGUGUGAGUGUGUUGGUGUCUCUGGGCAUCAGUGGCUCGCUGGCUCGCUGUCUCACGCACUAACCCAGCGGCCUGUGUGGUCUGUGUCUGUGUGUUAGAGUGUGCGGCGUUCCAGCACCGGUCGCAAAAGAAAAGGCCGUCCUGCACACACUCGCACGUCGCCAGCGCCAGGUCGCACACGCUGCACACCAGCUGCUCGACGUCAUUCGUCAAAUGCAAUCGACGCUUCCCUGUUGUGUGUGCCGACACAAGGCUCCCAGUUCAUCAAAACGAUACAUGAGUGGCUGGUUGGCCACUUGCCUGUGGCGUGCAGGGCGUUGAAGCACCCCUGGCAGAAGAAGUCUCUGCACUGCAGGCACUUGUAGACGGCCGCCCGCUGCUCGCACUCGGUGCACACCACAACGCUCUCGGGCUUCUUGAGAAUCUCGUGACGGACCUACACGAAACAAAAGCCCUGCGAUCAGUGAGUGCCGUCGGUGUCUCUCUUGUCCAUGUAUACAUGUUCGCCCGCGCCUCACUUGUUCCUUUCUGAUUUCCCGCAGGAACUCGAGAGGGUCCCUCAGGUCCGAAACGAUGGUCUGCAGGUCAUACUGCUUCUCGAUGUAGGCCUCGAAUGUCUACGCCACCAUGAGACAAUACGAAAAGCUCGUCAUCAACAGAGAAAAGCCGGACGUCUGUCGGGGAGUCGCUGACCGCUUUGAGGGCUCUGGCAAGGUAGAAUUCUGUGGUUGUGUCGAUGUUGCAGAUCUUGGCCAGCCGCUCAAUCACAUCGGGGGUGGACGGGGGCAGAUGCUUGUUGACCCGCUCCAGCACAAAUGAGGUGAUGCUACGCAAAUCGCUCUCACGAUCCUCUGCAAACAAAUAAGAACCAUAAAGGGGACGACUGUCUGGAUGUUUCCUGUUCUGUUGGUGUGUUGUUGACCUGGUGGGGGUGGCUGGGGCUUGUAUGCUCGCUGAAGGAAGGCCUUCUGCUUCUGAUACAUCUUGGAGAAGCGUUCGAUGACAGGAUGGACCUUCUGGAUCUUCUUGGUCUUGGUGUGAUAAUACGCCAUCUACACAACCAUAUAAUGAUGCGAGCGUCUGCGAACCAUUGCAUAACCCCGCUGGGUCCCACGCGCUUCGUGUGGCCUCACCUGACCUCCUUAUCGUCAUCCUGGAACUCCUGCCACCCCUCCGGCAGCGACGCAAGGGCGGCCUCCUCCGCAAUCCAAAGAUACUCGGGCUCAGCAACAGGGUCAAUGCCCAGAAGCCUCGCGACCCUCACGAUAAGCUCAGAGUUGAGAGAUCCGUCCCUUUCGAUGUCCAGGGGGAGGGUCAUGGGGCCUCCCCCUCUCGCGUAAGUGGGGGAGGGGUCUGGCGAAGGAGCACCGCUCUUCUUGCCCUUCAACUUUGCCGACAGCGUUGCCAUGCUGGAGCUCUCUUGCCCGGCGCCUUUAAAACAUUGCCCCGCACCCUCGCGGCUUAGCUCGCUGGCCCCCAGCGUGCAUGUCAUGCAACAGAGCCGGCAGCCGCCUCUGUUAAUACGACGAUGUACCCACAAGGACUACACCAAUGCAUACAGUACAGCACACACACACACACACACAAACAGCCAUGCACGCAUGUGCGUGUAGCCAUGUGGGCAUUCGGGGUGCCCGCUGGACUAUUUGUGCAUCUACGAAUGAGUAAGUGGGUCUGUCCACGUCUCGUCACUUCUUCUCUCCCCGAACUCCUCUCCUUCCCCAUCGUCGGACGGUAUCGGACGGUGGCUUGGCCAAGUACUCAGCGCCAUCCUCGCCCUUGAAGGGCCUCUCCUUGCCCUUGUUACCUUCAAAUCAAGGACACACGCGGGCAGAUCUUGGAUCACGGGAUGUGUGGAAGUACCCCACGACGCUCUUCCCAUCCUUGCGCUCAUACCUACUCGACAAACAGUGCGUAUCGUCAAACACCAU